GCUGCCCGUCGUUCCAACGGCCUUGGAUCUGCGUUGCUGUUCGCAGCCGCCUACUGGCUGGUGGACCUGUGGACCUCGACUGGCACGCUGCCACGCGAUUUGGCGCUGGUGGUGGCUGAUGAUGCGCCCCAGGAUGAAGGAGGCUUCUUCACGAAGGUCUUCGCGGCAGCUGCGCAGGGAGUCACGGCAGCCCUUGUGGCCGCAAUCCUGUCAGCCAUGUGCGAGCCGCUGGUGAACCGCCUCCUCGUGAAGCGAAUGACCGUGGCCCAGGCCUAUAGCGAAGUCACCUUCAGCCUAGUUGCCAACUUCUUCCUGACCACCUUCCCCACGAACAUGCUGAAGUUCCCUGUCUUCGAGAUCAUCAACAGGGCAAUGAUGUUCACAGACCUGUCACCGGGAGUUAGCGGCUUGAUCAGUGGCUGGCUGUUCUGCACCAUCAUGCUCCCAGUGACCAACUACCGAUUCCGCAAGAGCAUGGGCUGGGAAAUCAAGGCAUCACUGCUGUACCAAGCCUACAUCCCCACUGUCGCCCGCGACAUCAUCUAUGGCUGGGCGCGUGGAUUGGCCAAUACUUAUCUGCAAGACACCAUCGCCCCGAGUACCUUCACUCACAAGGCAAUGGUCUUCGGCCUGACCAUUUGGGUAUCUUGCAUCAUCUCCUCUCCUUGCAACGAGUGGCGAGGGUACACUUUGCAGCCUCCUGACAAGAAGCUGCCCUUCAACAUCUACUUCAAGCCUAUCAAUUAUGCUCGAUCGACAGGCAUCGGCUCCUCCAUCAUGGGCAUUGCGCUGAUGUUUGGCAUGCUGGUGACUCCUUACGCUGAGGAAGCCUUCGCGUACUUCAAGGAGCACACCGCCAUCGCCAUGGGCAUAGUUGCUGUGCUCAUCAUCGCCAUCGUGAUGGCCUCCAA